AUGCCCAAGACACAUAUCAGAAAGGACAUCGAGGAGCUGUCUCCAGAGGAGCGCGACCUCGUCGUCCGGGCCUUCCAUCAUAUUAAAAACCUCGAGCCUGAGGACCCUAACUCUUUUUUCACUAUUGCUGGCUACCAUGGUUUGCCGGAGCCUAUUUUCUGCCGGCAUGCCAGUGUUCUCUUUCCCACGUGGCACAGGGCGUACCUUCUACGUCUUGAGAAUGCUCUCCGCACUGCCCCCGGGUGCGCCAACUUGGCUUUGCCUUAUUGGAACGAGACUUCUCAGAGAACUCUGGAACAAGGGCUUCCCAAGAUCUUCACCGAUGAGAGCUAUGACUUUGUGGACGGGACCUCAAUUCCCAACCCGUUGUUCUCGUACAAGAUGCAACAAGCAGUCGAUGGCGGCUCUAAAGGCAAAGACAAUGCGAAGCCCGUAGGAUACAACACCGUUCGGUACCCGUAUUCUGGCCUUGUGAGUGCCGAUUUUGCGGAGAAAACAAAGAUUCACAACGAGACCGUCGACAGCCUUGGUCCAGGCAAGCCUACUGCUUUAUUGAACGAGAAUGUCACACGGUGGCUCACUUUCCAGAGAUUCGAAAACCACAAGGGCGAAAUCAUCUACGCUGGCGAGGCCGACAAUUUUAAGCAGUGUCUGGAUGCUCCGAAUUACACAGUCUUCUCCAACGUGAAGUCUGCUGAGAUUUACAACAAUUUAAACAAAGGCAGCCCUCAUACACCCACUGUCGUCUCCCUCGAACACCCGCAUAACUCGAUGCACUUGGCUAUCGGUGGAUUUGAAGUUCCGUCGAAGGAGGACACCAAGAACGUUUUCCCAUUUGCUAAUGGGGACAUGGGCGAGAACGACACGGCUGCCUUUGACCCGGUUUUCUACUUCCACCAUUGCUUCAUUGACUAUAUGUUCUGGAAGUGGCAAGACAUCCACAACAAGACAACAGAAUUGGACAUCAUACCUAAAUACAUCAGCUUUGAGAAAUUCAAUCUCGAUACUGCUCUCGAGCCAUUUAAGAUUACCGAUCCUACGAAUGGGAAAGAGCGUUUCAUUACCUCCAAGGAUGUCGUCGACACGACUAAACUUGGGUAUGAAUACCCGAGACCCCGAGGACAUGGCCUGGUGCGAACGCCGGCGCCUGUCGACGCACCGAAAGUUGCCGUCACGGGAAUCAACCGGUCAAAGAUCCGUGGCUCUUUCAUCGUCUCUACAUGGGCCAAGGGUCAAAAUGGAGAGCCUGAUCGCCUUAUUGAUACCAAGGCAGUUCUCAGUCGCUGGGCAGUUGGAGACUGCGACAACUGCCAGAACUAUCUAAACAUUCAGUCGCAUACGCAAUUGAACGAUUACACCCACGAAGAUGCACAGGACGCCGAAUUCUAUGCUCUCAUUCAUACGAGAGAAAAGCCCGAGGGAUUCGAUACGGUCGCUGGAAUGCCCGUCGAGGUUGAACUGAAUGCUGUGAGGAACUGA